UAGGAGGCCUGGUCUCUUUGGCGGUGACUUGGGCCCGGCAGGGUUCCCGGCACCUGGCCCCGCAGCUCUUCUCGGAACCUCUCUGAGGAUUGGCCCAACGGGAAAAUCUCUGCGCCAAGGACUACCUGCCCAGGUGAACUCCACUUCUGGCACAGAGGGAGGCCCUGUAGAACUGGCUGGACUGAAGCGUGGCUGUGUGAGCCACAAGCUGUGUUGAAGGCCGGGAGGAGCAUUUGGAUUUAGACCACAGCUAUUGGGGCCAGGGGGCUCUCACAGGACGGCACAAGAUGGAGAAGGACGGAGGGUCUUGCAGCGCUCAUGAUACGGGAGGGGGAGGAGAAGGCCCCGCGGAACGGAAAGAAGAGGCUCAAACUGGUCCUGAACUGGGACACAUAGAUGCAAAAGGAGUGAAAGAGAGCCCAGGCUACGCUGAAGAGCCAAGCCACGCUGGCGAAGGAAGCUCAGUUGACCCCAAAACAGUGGAGAAGGGCCAAGACCGCACUGAAGAGCCAAGCCACGUUGCGGCAGGAGGAGAGGGCUCAGGCGACGCAGUGGGAGCCGAAGAGAAUCAAGGUCCUCUUGAUGGCACCCAGAAGAAGCAAUCCCAACUUCUCCCAAGCUUGAGCUGCCCAGCAGCCCUACAAAGGCCCGAAGACGUUCCUGAGGAAGCUCCGUCCCUUCUUGGACCUGCUGACCUUCCCGAGGCAGCGGUUCCUCCUGCCGCGGAGGGCCAUGCUCCGGGAGAACCCGAGCCAGCAAGAGUCCCAAACUUGACGGAGGGACCAGCGGAAGAGCAGCCAAAGCAAGCCGAUAAGGAGGCAGGCAGGACUUUGGCUCCAGAGGACUCCAGCGCGGAGGCCCAGACUCCCACCUCCUCCGAGGAGCCCAGUCCGGCCACUCAGCCGUUGUGCAAAACAAGCGAGGAGGACACGGCGGCCCCAGUCGAAGCCGGGUCUCCUGUGGCGGCGGCCCCCACCAGCCCCUACCUCAUGCCGGACUUUGCCAAAGAAGACCCGUCCCUUGUCCUGGACGACACGCCUCCCCCACCUGCGCCGUUCACCCACCGCAUCGUCACCCUGAGGACGGCAGACAUCAAGGAGAACUACACCAUCAACACUAAAGAGACCCUUGGAGGGGGAAAGUUUGGGGAAGUCCGUAUGUGCUCAGUGAAGGAGACAGGACUCAAGCUUGCCGUGAAAAGUAUCAAGAAGCAGGGGCCGAAGGACAGGGAGAUGGCGGAAGUGGAAAUCGACGUGAUGAAUCAGUUGAAUCACAGGAAUUUGAUCCAGCUGUACGACGCCAUUGAGACGCCCAGAGAUAUCAUGCUCUUCAUGGAGUUCGUGGAAGGCGGGGAGCUCUUUGAGCGAAUCAUCGACGAGGAUUACCAGCUGACCGAAGUGGACUGCAUGGUCUUCGUGCGGCAGAUCUGCGAUGGGAUCCUCUUCAUGCACCAAAUGGGGGUGCUGCAUUUGGACCUCAAGCCGGAAAACAUCCUUUGUGUGACAGCCACUGGUCACAUGGUGAAGAUCAUCGAUUUUGGACUCGCCCGAAGGUUCGAUCCCGAUGAGAAACUGAAGGUGAACUUUGGCACCCCGGAAUUCCUGUCGCCCGAAGUGGUCAGCUACGAGCAGGUCUCCUAUACCACUGACAUGUGGAGCAUGGGGGUGAUCGCAUACAUGCUGCUGAGUGGGCUGUCCCCUUUCUUGGGUGACAACGACACAGAAACUCUGAACAACGUCCUCGCGGCCAACUGGUAUUUCGACGAGGAAGCCUUCGAGGGCAUCUCGGAGGAAGCCAAGGACUUUGUCUCCAACUUGAUCAUCAAGGACAAAAGCCGUCGCUUGAAUGCCGGAGAGUGCCUUCAGCACCCCUGGCUCAAUAACCUGGCGGACAAGGCCAAACGGGUCAACCGGCGCUUAAAAUCCCAGAUCCUGCUCCGGAAGUACGUCAUGCGGAGGCGCUGGAAGAAAAACUUCAUUGGCGUCUGUGCUGCUAACCGUUUCAAGAAAAUCACCAGCUCGGGGGCCCUGACCGCCCUGGGAGUCUGAGCACAGGAGUGCCGGGAACUGAGCGGAAAUUGAGCCACGCGCAAACGGAGGGGAGGCGACCCGAGAGGUGAAGCUCGAACUGUGUACAACGCCCCACAUCGUGGGAAGUUCCUCUCCGAGAGGAAUGGAGUGCAUCGUGGAUGUCGGCCUGGUUUCUGUGGCUUCCCAGAGAACUGGGGUGGGGGCAGGGGAGGGGGGAGGGAGGGAGGGAGCUGGUGGACGUCAGCUUAGGAUUGUCCCAGGCCGGUUGCAACUAUUAUCGACUGCUUGUUACCUCUCUGCUGAUAUGAGCCUUCUUUUGCCGACUGAACCGCGUUUGGGACACUCACUGCUGAUCGAGUCCGCCUUCGGGACUUUUCUCUCUGCACGAGCCAGCCGCCGAGAGCGGUUCCCACAUUACUUUGGCAUACCUCACUGAGCGGCGGCUGGGGAGGGGUUUUCCUGCCGGAACCCCAUCUGGACUGGCUUCGUCUCCAUUUCGUCUCUGGCCCCGGGUUCGAAAGCACCCCCGGGGACUUCCUCGCUCUGCAUUUCCCCCUGUGACCAGUCCGUCCCAUUAGAUCUCCAGCUGACGCCAACUGGGACUUGUCCUGCAUUGCUGUCUUCCUCCAAACUGUCAACUCGGUUCUGCUGGGGAGAUUGGACUCGAGCCCGGGGGGGGGUGUUUGCUUCUCUCUGAUUGAAUAAGUUGUUGCCAAAAGUU